AUGCCUUUCGCACAACUGGUAAUAGGGUCGCCCGGUGCGGGAAAGUCCACUUACUGCAAUGGAAUGCACCAGUUCAUGUCCGCCAUCGGCCGCAAGUGCUCCGUCGUCAAUCUCGACCCCGCCAACGAUCACACCUCAUACCCCGUUGCCCUUGACGUGCGCGAUCUUGUGACCUUGGAGGAGAUCAUGGAAGCAGAAGAACUUGGCCCCAACGGAGGCGUUCUGUAUGCGCUGGAGGAACUGGAGCACAACCUGGACUGGCUCGAGGCAGGCUUGAAGGAGCUCGGAGAGGAUUACAUACUUUUCGAUUGCCCCGGACAAGUUGAGCUCUUCACGCACCACUCCUCACUGCGCCAUAUCUUCUUGAGGUUAGAAAAACUCGGGUACAGACUCGUAGUAGUGCAGCUGAGCGACUCAUUCGUGAUUUCCCAACCUUCGCUAUACAUAUCAGCGCUCCUCGUUGCUCUCCGCGGAAUGCUACAGAUGGAUCUUCCCCACAUCAACGUCCUCACUAAAAUCGACAAUCUUCGCAACUACCCAGAUUUACCGUUCAACCUCGAUUUCUACACGGAAGUCCAAGCACUGGACUAUCUACUCCCACAUCUGGAAGCUGAGCAGGGUUCCCGGUUCGGUAGCAGAGGAGCCCAGCCUCCGAUGGAUAAGGGAGAGGAAGAGGAAGUGGACUUCAACAACAUUGACGAUGAGGACUCUCGGAGGCCAAAGUCGAAGUUUUCAGCUUUGAACGCAGCUAUUUGCGAGAUGAUUGAGAACUUCGGCCUGUUAUCAUUCCAUACGUUGGCUGUUGAGGACAAGCAGUCUAUGUUGACGCUCUUGCGCGCCAUCGACCGCGCUGGCGGAUACGCUUUUGGCAGCAACGAGGGGGUCAACGAGACUGUCUGGCAAAUUGCCAUGCGCGAAGGAGAAACUAUGCUUGAGCCGCGGGAUGUGCAGGAGCGCUGGCUCGACAGGAGAGACGAGUUCGACGAGAUGGAAAGAGAAGCUUGGAAAAAGGAAGCAGAGACUGAAGCAGGCGGACCCCCACCUGGACCGAGAAGCGUGAGGACAGCUGAGGGUGGGAAGUCUGAGCCACCCGCGCCAGGAAGUAAAUCUUUCGAGGACAUGGACAUUGAGGAGAUGGAGGCGCUCAGCAAGCAAGGUGCUCCAGGUGGGGGAGAUAGCGGCAUCAAGGUUGUGCGCAAGGGUUAG